AUGUCAGCACCGAUAGAAAAUAAACCGACGAAGUUCAAGGAAAAUCCAUGUCCGCUCUCUGUUGCUGCGUAUAGCAAAGCAAUAAUUGAACCACAAAUUGGUCAAAAAGGAAUCAGUAUGCUUAGUUUAGCAGCAAUAACUUUGGUUGGUGAACGAUUUGAUGGUACGAAUGCAGAAGAGAUGUAUACUAGCUUCAAAGAAAUUCUAAACGGCAAAUGUCAAAAACAAAAUUCAUCCGAAUUUUUGGCAUUUUGGCGUUCCCUACAAAGCAAAAUGGAGAAGCUAUCGGUAUGUCGUCUUUUAUAUAUGUAACUAUUUUGUAAACGAAUAAUUGCUACAUAUUUGUUACAAGUUGAGAUUUGAAAAUAUGACGGUAUAGAAGUCAUUUUCUAUAUCUCAAUCUGGAUAUACGUAUAUAUAGUUGCCAUAUAUACACAAGAUAAAAUAGAUCAUGAUUUUUAUACGCCUAUAUUCUUCCUUUUACGACACUAUAUAUUUGAUAGAUAUGAUCAAUAAGUUGUUUGUAUAGUUAUCGUUGUUUAAAAACACUUGUAUUAAGUAAAGGAAUCUAGUAAUCUAUAUAUAAGUACAUUUAGACGGGUUCCUUGUUAGCCAAAUUUACGAUGUAACUUAUGGGGAAAAUCGCCUAGCUUUUCCAAUAAUAUUUAAGAUUUGUCACCAUACAGAAUUAAAAAUGGCCGGGUUAUUCCCUUCCACGCAAUCGAAAAUUUUCGUAAAUUUUAGAACGAUGAAGUAUAUAGACGUAAAUUACACUAAAUUUAGGCAUUUUACUAGAUUUAAAUCAAAGCUGUAAGACAACAAAGACGUGUUUGCGGGUAAAUUUAGCUAUACAUCUAUCGGAACAAAUUAAUUUGCAAUAAAGAGAAGCCGAAAGGCAUUUUGUUGUAGACAUUAUGCUGUUAGUAAUUUUUUUCACUCCGCAUUCAGUAAUGAUAAACAAACUCUUAAGUUUAGAAGUAUUAAGGAAUUUGAGGUUAUACAAAACAAUUUUUUAACAUCAAAAUAAAGAGGGAAACCUUGUUUAAAUGGCUCGAAUCUUGAGUUUUAAUACAAGAUGUUAGCUAUAAAUAAAUAUUCGAAGUGAGUUUCAUCAGAUUUUACAUCUCGCGAAAUUGUCUGCUCACGGACAAAUGGAGUUUGCAUUUUUUAUGCCAUCAUUUUAAUGUGUUCCUGUCAUAUAGAUAAACCUUAAUAUUGCAUUUGCUUACGCUAGCUAGUUAAAACCUUAAGCUAGGUCAAAACUUAGAAAGUCUAAACCCUUCCAUAUAUAAAUUAUAAUAUCAUGCAAUAUUCGUAUAAUAAUUAACAUAGGCCUAUAUCAAUGUUAAUUAAUUCAUAUACAGUAAUAGUAGCCUAUAUACUUAUAUUGUUGCUGAAUACUUAUUCUACUGCACGUACAAUAUGAAAAUAUCAUGUUAACAUGCAUAUACUGUAUUUACAGGUAUGACUGAGUCAGUACUGUAAAUGCAUGUCAAUGGAGCUGUUUUUAUAUAAAAAUUAGUUUCUUGAUUAAUAGUGUGUUUAAUAUAUGUUUUGCCUUCAUGAACUCUUCGUUCUUGCUCUAAUGCUAAAAUAGUUGAGGAUAUUUUUCAACCUAAAAUAAGCUAAAAUAUUUGUUGAUAGAUUCUAAAUCUAGUUGAUAAUAUUUUACUGCCUCCUACUGUGCGAAUUCCAAGAAGUGACUUUAUAAUGAGUCAAUUUCCAGGUAUUCCUUUCAGUUUCAUAAUCAGACCAUAACAGAAUUGAAACUUGCAUUUACACAAUUUCGAAGUUAAAUUGAUAGAUAGCCUUGCCUGUUCUAUUUUCUCAAUUCUCAAUAUCUAUAGCCUUCCUAUAGGCCAAGUAACAAGUAACAUGGUCAUAUAUUGUCACUUUAGUCAGGUUUCAUAAAAGCAUAUAGACCAUAGCUUUCUGCCAAAGAGCUUUGUCGCUUUAAAUUCACUUUGUCACUGACUUUGUUUUAGCUUAAAAACUAACAUUAGUUUAUACUAUAUAUACAACUUAGAUUUAACAUGUAAUUGAACAGAUACAACACAAAAGAAUAUGCCAUUGGCAUUGGAAACCAGCUUUUAACAUGGAAAUUUUAUACACCAUUUCCAUUGGACUUUGCAUGGCCAUGCAUAUAUUUAAACAUCCCAUAGCAACAAAAUCCAUACUCGGCAAAUUUUAGUAAUAAUAGCGAAUUACUACAAUAUAUGUAUGAAAAUAUAAUUACCUCAUAUAUAACAGCAUUUAUGUUACGUUGUCGACCAGGUCCUCUGGAGAAAAAAGCUCAAAAUAUUCUAUUUUGAUUUUACCACUAGACUUUACAUACUCAGUCCUGCAAUUGAAUGUUUAUUCAGCUGUUCUGUUCGGUCGCUUUGGCGAUUCCAGGAAGUAAUUGGGUAUAAUUCCAGGAAGUUGUAGAGGUUUCUUGGAAGACUAAAAAAGGCGUGAGCUGCAUACUAUAUAAUUUACUUUAUUCAAAUUUGGCAUCACUGGGAGUAAUAAAUUGUUGGCAUUAUCGAAAUUUGACGUGACUUUAAAGUGAUCUUUUGGCAUGCUAUAUACUCAUGAUUCUAAGCCAUAAAAUGUGAUCCAGCCCCAAAAAUGCGAGUACGCGUCAAAAGCCGUGAUUCGGUGCAAAAAAUUAAUUCGAUGCAAAGCCAAAGUUCGAAAAUUUAUUUUCAUAAAGAAUCAUGUCUCAUUUAUAUAGAUCUGGAAUAUUAUAAAGAUAAAAGUAUAUAUGAAUUGUCGUGCAUUUUAAGAAAAGAAUCACUCCUAAGUUUUCCAAUUGACGUCCUCAAAUUUAACUUGCCUUUCGGCUUCAUGCGCCAUCGGUAUAAGGGCUUCUAAAACUCAGCCCAACUUUCACUUAAAGUGGUAUAUGCAGGUUACCUUUUCAAAUUCCACUCGAAACUAUGCGGAUAUUUAACUACUAUAACAUUUCUGAUUUUUGCUUUCCAUUAGGGAUCACAACUGAACAAAUUGGUGUUCAAGUUUUUUGGGAAACUUUUAAACGAAGGCUUGGAGUCCAACGGUGUAAUAAGUAUCUUUAGCAUGACAGAAAUUUUCUUCGAAACCUGUAAUCGUUUUUUUGUGCUGGUUAAAACCGACGAUGGCGAUAGAUUCAACGAAGAACAUAAUACAAUG